AUGGCUCGCGUCAUCGUCGUCGGUGGCGGUCUCUCCGGCCUCAGUGCCGCUCACACUCUCUACGAGCGCGGUGCCAACGUGCUCGUCCUUGACAAGAACCCCUUCUUCGGUGGUAACUCGACCAAGGCUACUUCCGGUAUCAACGGUGCCGGCACCACCACACAGUCCGAGCAGGGCAUCCCAGACUCGGCCAAGACCUUCUUUGAGGACACCAAGAAGUCCGCUCGUGACCUUGCCCGUGAUGAUCUCAUCAAGGUCUUGACCGGCAAGUCCGGUGAGGCCGUCAACUGGCUCAUGGACCGCUUCGAGCUCGACCUUUCCAAGGUUUCGCGUCUCGGCGGUCACUCGCAGCCCCGUACCCACCGUGGUGGCGCUCAGUUCCCCGGUAUGACCAUCACGUACGCUCAGAUGGAGAAGCUCGAGGACCUCGCCGAGGCCGAGCCUGACCGUGUUCAGAUUCUCCGCAAGGCCCGUGUCACCAAGCUCCUCCACGAGAACGGCGAGGUGGCCGGUGUCGAGUACGAGUACCAGGGACAGACUCACAAGGAGAACGGCCCCGUCGUCCUUGCCACCGGUGGUUACGCCGCCGACUUUGACGACGUCAACUCGCUCCUCAAGAAGUACCGCCCCGACCUCGUCCACCUUCCCACCACCAACGGUGACCACUGCACCGGUGACGGUCAGAAGAUGGUUGCCUCCAUCGGCGGUCGCCUCAUCGACCUCGAGAAGGUCCAGGUUCACCCCACUGGUCUCGUCGACCCCAAGGAGCCUGACGCCAAGGUCAAGUUCCUGGCUGCCGAGGCUCUUCGUGGCUGCGGUGGUCUGCUCAUCGACAACGAGGGCAACCGUUUCGCCGACGAGCUGGGUCACCGUGACUACGUCACUGGCCGCAUGUGGGACAACAACAAAUUCCCCGUCCGUCUCAUUCUCAACGAGCAGGCCUCCAAGGAGAUUGAGUGGCACUGCAAGCACUACGCCGGCCGAGGCCUCAUGAAGCGCUUCGACAACGCUCACGACCUCGCAAAGGAGAUGGGCAUCCCCGCCGACAAGCUCCAGAGCACCUUCCAAGACUACGAGGCUAUCGCCAGGGGCGAGAAGAAGUGCCCCUGGAACAAGAAGUUCUUCUCCAACUCGGAUCUCCGCAUGGACCAGGCCUUCUACGUUGCCCUCAUGACCCCCGUGCUCCACUACACGAUGGGUGGUCUCGAAAUCGACCCCGAGUCGCGCGUCGUCGACAACCAGGGCAAGCCCAUCCCCGGUCUCUUUGCCUGCGGUGAGAUCGCUGGUGGUGUCCACGGUGCCAACCGUCUCGGUGGUUCGUCGCUCCUCGGCUGUGUCGUCUUCGGCCGUGUUGCCGGUGACUCCGCCUCGAGCUACCUGCUCCGCAACCUUGCCACUGGCAAGGCCACCGCCCGUCUUGGCCAGAUCUCGAACCACCUCGAGACCCGUGUGCGCGCCGACCCCACCAACAGGACCAUCACCCUCGAGUUUGGCUUCGGUGACAGCGCCUCGUCGGCUUCGGGUGCUCAGCAGCAGAACUCGGCCGUCCCCGCUGCCGUCGCUCAGGGCCAGCCCGCCCAGACCGACAAGGCUGUCCAGCAGGCCGGCAGCGCCGCUGCUGCUCAGCAGACCCUCGAGGAGAAGGAGUACACCAUGGAGGAGGUUGCCAAGCACACCACCGAGGAGGACGUCUGGGUCGUCGUCGAGGGCCAGGUGCUCAACGUCUCGGGCUUCCUCGACGACCACCCCGGUGGAAAGAAGGCGCUCAUGCUCUACGCCGGCCGUGACGCCACUGAGGAGUUCCUCAUGCUCCACGACCGCAAGGUCAUCCAGAAGUACGCCGCCGACACCGUCAUUGGCCGUGUCAAGGCUUGA